CACUUUACAUCAUAUUUUGGAAAAAGAUUUUGCUUGGCACAAUUACAUCUAAUGUAAUAAUGAAACCCAACCCUCUCUUAUUUGUGAUGGACUAGUACUAGUGGUUCAGUCAAUGCAUAUAUGCAUAUUGCAUAGCCACCGUUUCUUAAUAUUAUUAAUUAAUUCCUUAUGGCAUUUGAGCUAGACUUAUUAAAUUUUAGCUAUCGAUCGAAAAGUAUAAAAAAAAAAAAAAAAAACUUUAGCGCGCAAUUUCCGUUGAUGUAACGGUCGUCCUAACCGAAAAAACAACCAUGGACUUGUUCCUUCAUUCACCUUUGGCUCAAAUCUCUCAAAUUCUCUCUUUCUCAAGAGAAGAAGAAAGGCUACGAUGCUUGGUUCGCGUCCUUACUCGGCGGCGGCAACCGUAUUUUCCUCCUCAUCGCGGUUUCGCCACUUUGUGAGGCCACCGCUACCGCUGUCGUCCCUCAGGAAAAAGAUCCCGUGGUGGAACCAUAUUUUGGACCCGGGUUCAGAGCUGGUGGCCAGAUGGAACCACGUGUUCCUUGUGGCCUGCCUCAUUGCCAUGUUCAUCGACCCUCUCUACUUCUACUUGCCGGUCAUCGGCGGCCCCGUCUGCAUGGAGAUAGACCUCGGUCUCGGCAUCCUCGUCACCUUCUUCCGCACCGUCGCCGACUCCUUCUAUCUCUUCCACAUCGUCAUGAAGUUCCGUACCGCCUUCGUCGCCCCCAGUUCUCGUGUCUUCGGCCGCGGCGAGCUUGUCACUGACCCAUGGGCCAUCGCCAUUCGAUACCUCAAGUCCGACUUCUUCAUUGACCUCGCCGCCUCCCUUCCGCUCCCACAGAUUAUGAUAUGGUUUGUAAUUCCAGCAGUGAAAAAUCCGACAGCGGCUCAUGCUAAUCACACUCUCUCUCUUAUUGUUCUUGUUCAAUAUGUUCCUCGCUUUUUUCUCAUAUUUCCUCUAAACCAAAGGAUUAUUAAAACAACCGGUGCUAUAGCCAAGACCGCUUGGGCAGGAGCAGCAUACAAUCUCCUUCUCUACAAUCUAGCUAGUCAUGUUGUUGGAGCUUGUUGGUACGUAUUGUCGAUUCAACGACAGUACCAAUGUUGGAAGCAGGAAUGUGACAAGGAAAUGAACUUCACACAUUCUCCUUCCUGUCAUCCUAAAUUUCUUGAUUGUAGCAGUAUGAGCGACCCCGAACGCCGAUUUUGGCUACAGAGAACCCAAGUUCUCACUAGCUGUGAUGCACUUAACGAUGCCAACCACUUCGAGUUUGGAAUGUUUGCUGAUGCUUUCACCAGUGAAAUUGCUUCUUCCCAUUUCGUGGAGAAGUAUUUCUAUUGUCUUUGGUGGGGUUUGAGGAGUUUAAGUUCAUAUGGACAAAACAUUGUGGCAAGUUAUGCAAUCAAUGGUGAGAUACUGUUUAGUCUCCUUAUUUGCUCUGCUGGUCUAGUUCUCUUCUCACAUCUCAUAGGUAACAUGCAGUCAUACUUGCAAUCAACAACGGCUAGACUGGAAGAAUGGAGGGUGAGAAGAAGAGAUACGGAGGAGUGGAUGAGACAUCGUCAACUGCCUUUAGAACUACAAGAUAGAGUUCGUCGCUUCGUACAAUACAAGUGGAUUGCCACAAGAGGCGUCGACGAAGAAUCCAUUUUACACGAUCUUCCUUUGGAUCUCAGACGUCAAAUCCAAAGACAUCUCUGUCUUGCUCUUGUUCGUCGUGUUCCAUUCUUCGCACAAAUGGACGACCAACUCCUAGACGCGAUAUGCGAGCGACUACUGUCGUCCUUGAACACAAAAGACACAUACAUAGUCCGAGAAGGAGAUCCUGUGAACGAGAUGCUCUUCAUCAUCAGAGGCCAUCUAGAGAGCUCCACCACGGACGGCGGACGCUCUGGUUUCUUUAACUCCAUAGCGCUACGGUCCGGCGAUUUCUGUGGCGAGGAGCUCUUGACUUGGGCUCUCAUGCCUACUUCUAGCCUCAACCUCCCUUGCUCCACUCGAACCGUUCGGUCUCUUACUGAGGUUGAGGCUUUCGCUCUCCGAGCUGAGGACCUCAAGUUUGUGGCUAGUCAGUUUAGGAGACUGCACAGCAAGAGGCUGCAGCAGGCUUUUCGAUACUACUCCCACCAGUGGAGGACUUGGGGGGCUUGUUAUAUUCAAGUGGCUUGGAGAAGGUGGCGGAAGAGGAAGAUGGCGCAUGAGCUGGCUAGACAAGAAGAGUUGUAUCAUUACUAUUAUUUGGACCGAGAAUACUAUGGUGAUGAUCAUGAUCAGAGUAGCUCAACGGUGGAUGAUGAUCAUGGUUUGCUGACACGUGAUGAUACUCAUAAGACGCAACAGCUUGGGGCUACUGUUUUGGCUUCUAAGUUUGCUGCGAAUACUAGAAAAAGUGCUAAUGUUUCUCAGAAACCGCCUGGUCUUAAGCCUGAUGAUAUGCCCAAGAAGCUGUUUAAGCCAGACGACCCUGAUUUUUCAGCCGAUUUAUGAUUUAAGUGCAAAUAAACUAACUAUAUAUA